AUGCACCCUCCUCCGGCCAUGUCGACUCCCUUCACCCCGCCACGUAGGCUGCGCGAGAAGCGCAAGGUAGCCCUUCUUGCCGCUUCGCUGCUAGCUCUGGUCCAAAGCACGGCUGUGGUGAGCGCUGCUAAGCAGACGCUAUCGCCAUUCGACUGCAGCAACGUAGCCGUCUCGUCAAAACAUGCCUUUGACCUCUCCAAGAUCUCCUACCCCAUUCGUACCGCCAAUACCGAGUCAACGCCGCCAUCCGAGACCAAGACCUCGAUCGAUAUCGAUCUGUGCAAGCCACUCGCUGCCGACCCGGAUCGAGACGAGAAGGACCAGUGCCCACGCGGCACGAGGAUAUGCAUCACCAUCGAGACUAUCAAGGAUGGCAAGACCAUCGUCACGCAAGCCAUUCCCGUCGCGUAUUCCGGCGAGUCUGGCGGAAGCAAGAUCGACGCCAAAGUAGAGUGGGGCGAAGAGCUCGAGGGCGGCGAGAAGAGCAUCGAGCUCCAGCUUCAGGGAUCCACGUAUGCUGGGCGCCAGCAACAGGCAGAGCUCGAGCUGGUCUGCGAUCCCAAGGCCGACGCCGACUCGCAUCCCACGGCGCGCUCGUACGAUCGGGCAGACGGCAAGCUCAAACUUCGCUGGCCCACCAAGUUUGCCUGUUCCGACGCUGCGUCCAAGCCAGGCAGCGGCGGCGGAUCGCCGUCCAAGGGCGGCUCUUCCGACGAUGACAGCGACGACGGCAGCAGCGGCGACGGGUCGGAUUCUUCGGGCGGUUGGGGCUUCUUCAGCUGGCUCUUCUUCCUGCUCUUUAUCGGCUUUGUCGGCUACAUGGGCAUGGGCAUGUACAACAACUACAACCAGUACGGCGCGAGCGGCUGGGACCUCGUUCCGCACAAGGACUUUUGGCGCGAGUCGCCGUACAUUGCGCGUGAUGCUGCCUCGCACGUCUGGCAGACGAUGUCGGGAAGCCGCAAUGGAGGCGGAUUCAGUGGUCCAGCAUCUUCGCUGCACUUCGGCCGCAUGGAUGCUGCAAUGGAAGGCCUCAUGGCAAAGGAAGCGGGCGACAACGAAAAGGGGCGUGGCGCUCACGAGCCUUGGACCAACCAGGAGCGUCACAUCAUUGUCCAGCACGUCCUCAAGCACGUACUCGCCAAUGUAGGCUACGGUACCAUCUUCAACGAGCUCAUCGACGUCCUUGACAAGCAGGGUCUUCCCAAACGGACCACGCAGCAGGACCAGUGGCGUCGCAAGAUCUGCAAGGAGCUGCUCUCCAUCUACGGACCGGCGACCCAGGAUGGCUCGGACACUUCGCCCCGCAGCCCUUCCAAGGCCGGCGGAGGCAGCCCUGGCAAGCGCAAGCGCGCCGUCGAGGAUUCGGCUUCGUCCGCACUCCGCACUCCGCGCUCCUGGUUCCGCCUCGUCGCCGCUCCAUGCGAUCUGCGAUUCAAGCAUCGCACAUAG